AAAUAGGACCAAAAAAUAAACUAUGUUUCCAUAGGACUAAUUAUGUUUGUCUUGGACAAAUAUACCCUUAUACCUAUUGGAAUGUUUUAAUUCAUAAUAAAAUAAUAAAAAAUAAUAAAAAUUCGUAAAAUAUACCAAAAAAUUAAUAAAAAUAUUUUGAAUAAUAAUAAAUUUUAAAAAAAAAAUUCAAAAAAAAUAAAAAAUAAAAAAAAUUAAAAAAAAUUAAAAAAAAAAUCAAAAAAAUAUUUUUUUUGUCACCGCCGCCUAUACCGCCCCAGCACCACCACCUCUAGUCAUUUGGGGAAAAAAUGCCAAAUUUAUUAUGAAUUCCAUAUUUUUGGCAUAAUUCAGAAUGAUUUAAGAUGGAAGAAAAAAAAUGUUGGCAUUCUCAAAGAGAAAUAUGCCAUAUUUUUGGCAUUUUCCAAAAAAAAUGGAAGUUUGUAGGAAAUAUGACAUUUUUUUUUAACGGUCGGAGGUGGUGGUGCAGGGAGGCGGUACCACCACCUCCUGUCACCGGGGUAAAAAAAUGCCAAAAAAAUUAUGAAUGCCAUAUUUUUGGCAAAAGUCAAAAGGAUUCAAGUUGGCAGAAUGAAAAUGUUGGCAUUCUCAUAGAGAAAUAUGCCAUUUUUGUGGAAUUUAAAAAAAAAAGUGGCAUUUUUUACACCGAUCGGAGGUGGUGGUUCAGGGAGGUAGUACAGGCGGUGGGAAACAUAUCCAUAUUUUUUUUAAUUUUUUUUAUGGAGUUUUA